UUAGGACAAGCCGCGAGAGGCGGCGGAAAUCGAGGAAACGGAAGGGCAGCCAACAGAGGCAAUGGUAGAAAUCGCGGUGGGAGUGGUCGCGGUCGAGGCCAGGGUGUAAACCACAGCGAAGGACAAAGUCGUGCAUCGCCACAAACACCCAACAUGUCCGGAAACGCGGCAGCAAAUAACGCGCAAGCACCAGGCGGCGUAUGCAGAACAUUUUGGACGGCCGGCAGCUGCAAUCGGGCUUUUGACUGCCCUUUCAAGCACUUGAAAGGCUCGAAUGCAUCUGCAGGCGCGGAAACCAGCACGCCGAUGACGAGCACGCCGACGUCAGGAGCAGCUUUGGACGCGCCAGAUUUCUUUUCCGUUGAGGGCCUCGCUGUCAACGCUGGCGUUGGUCAAGUUGAACGUCACACGGUCAGCCCGGUUGAGGCUCACAACCAUAUCAGACCAUUCCUUAGGGACAAUUAUCAUUUCGAGAAUGCAGGGCGCGUUCAGGGAUUUGUAAGAAUCCUGGCCAGUGUUAACGAUCGUAACAAGGCUUGGACGUCAGAUGAUGCACAGUCGUUCUUGGAACAUAUCGUCAAUGGAAAUGGAGUUAUCAGGAUCGGUGACGUCCUCCGCUUUCGACCAGUGAGCCACUACAUUGGCCAGCGCACGGGCAACUUGUCGUUCCAAAGAGGCUACUUUCCAAUAUUCGAGUUUAUGAGUUCGGAUCUCAUCCUCAAGACAACACUUCACAAGAAUACAAAUAUACACGAAGUAAUCAAUUUCUAUGACACCAGCCACCUUUACACUAUUCUAGAACAUAACUACGAGGAGAUCCAAGAAGUCAUGCGCUCCUGCAUUGGAGGUAUGGUUGGAACGAAGACGUGGAGGGACACCACCCCCAAUCUUCCACCCAUGCUGCAAAGCGAUCUCGACGGAGUGUUGGUCUUCAAAUCUCUCACCACGGUUUAUCUUCAGUAUCUUAAUCGCUUCAAAGACGCCAUCAAACAGCAUCCAGACCUUGCAGGGUUCAUCCAGGAUUUCGCCAGCUGGUUCAAUACAUGGGCCGCAGAUGUUUGCUCGGACCCUCCGACCUUUCAUGAUACAGUCACCGGCGCUGACCCAGCUACUCGUCGUUUGGUUCUCAACCAACUCCGCGAAGAAAUCAAUCGUCUUGUAUCAAUUGUCGACCGCGAGUCCGGCAUCAAGAAGAAGACCCAUCAGGCACCUCACACGGGGAUGACGCCUGAGCAGCGGCGGCAAGCAAAGAUCAUGCAGCUCAAAUACACGUACGAUCCGCCGGGCGAGCUUCGCCCUGAGGGGCCUCGCCAUGACAAUGACUUCGCCGAUAUCUCGCAAGUAAGGGUUGCACCUACGCACGAUGAGCUCCUGUGUCCUUCAGCGCAAUAUUUACCCGUAUUCUCUCCGGAUGCACCCCAUCAUCUGUUUCCUGAUUCAAUGGAGCGACAUCUCGAUAUCCAAUUUCGCUUGCUCAGGGAAGAACUUAUUGCGCCCAUCCGGGGCUCGAUCGUCACAAUUGACAAUGACGUCACCACGAUGCUGCAAUCACAAGGACGUGCUCGCAGGAAAACCGAGCAGACGAAGCUCGAGCAGUUGCUUACCAAGGGCGGCGGAGCAUACAAGACAAGCGGGUUUGAUUCUGUCUUCUUCCGUGUCUACGCCAACGCCGAAUUUUGCCCUGUGAAGGCGGAGCGACGCGACCUCACU